AUCAUAUAUACUCCUCUUGGUCCGUGUGACGUGUGAGGUGUUCUUCCGCUGUCCCCGGAGAACGAUGAGGGUAUCAGCAUCAGCAGUAUCCUUAGCUUGUGCAGGGUGCCUCUCGGGCACCGCCGCCUUCCAAGCAUCGCUCUUCCAAGGCGCUCCUCUGCAAAGAGCAACAGCAGUAGCAGCGGUGCGAGACGGCGCGAGCACCGCCGCCACCAAAACGGACGCGUCAGCGCGGACACAACGCACGGCGUGCCGAGGGAGCAAUGGUGGCGACGGAAGCAGCGUGGGCACCCGAACAACAGUCGUGAUGGACGGCGGCGGCGGUGUCUCUAGACAGGACUUCUUCAAGCAAGCGGGGUUGAGCCUGGCCGCCUUGGCAGUGGGAGGGGCGACAGGCGCGGGCCCCGCAAAAGCGCAGGCGGGAUCGGCUGUUGAGGUGAUGCGCUUGAGGUUCGGCGACAAGCUCCGGCGAGCGGCGAAGAUGCUGGACGAGCUGCAAGACGACAUCGCGAACAACGACUGGGACCUGGUAACGACCUACCCGAACGCGUUCCGCACGCUGGUGCCCGUGUUCACGAAGUACACGGAUGCCGCCUUCCCGACGGACGACCCCGUCGAUACCACCUCGAGGGUCGCGCUCAGGUACGAAGUCGGCCGAUUCUACGGUGCAGUCGAGCGCCUGAAGCGAGCGGCGGAGCAGCAGAACAGCAAAGAGGCGCAGUCAGCCUUUGCGGCCAUGUCUGUGGCCUACGACAGGUAUCUCAAGGCCGGUAACCUGUACGAUGGGUACGACUCGGUUACGUCCACGGAGGGCUUCUACGCGAAUGUGGCCAACAGCAGCCUCAAGUACGUGCCUCCCAGCAAGGACCCUCCCAAGAUUAAGGACAAUGUGCUCUUGGUGGCGGGCCCGGACAAGGGAAAGACUGGGUUCAUGAUCGGGAUGGAAGGCGGGAGCUUGUCGGCGACGAAGGCGAUCGUCAAGCUGGAGACGAGCUCUGCGCUCGGCAUGCGCGAGAUCAAGGUCGUGCCGUUUGACUACGUGGCCAAGACUCUGGACCAGCAGGGCACGCUCAACAGCAAAACCACCAAGAAGAUGCGUCCGUCUUCGUAGUAUAUGCCUCUGUACGACCUCUUCGGGCACCUUCCGGUCUUUGAAGGCGGGGGGAGGAUUGAGCAUCGACAGCUGGGAGCCCGGCACAUAGAGGCCUUCGCAGGUAGUGCCAGCCGUAUGUCGCCUAGGAUCGGCAUGAUUGGUUGAUUGGAUGCCUACAGCAUCAGCCGGGUGGCGUUGGCCGUCUGUUUGCUCGUGAUUUUUGAGAGGGAUCAUGUCGUCCUACUGCCGACCCGUAGGCCUAGGUCCUGAUGUGAUGAUGUGAGCCAACGACAACGAGGACACACCAUCAUACUAUUCAUGAUCGAUGAUGGAUUUGGGGCGGAUUGUGCGGGCGCGAGAUCAGUGAAUAUGGGAACCGCGCAAGCAGGCAGGCACGCUCGAUAGCCUAGUUGAAGCAGUCCCCUCGGCUCCAACGGUCAGGACGGGACGAAGGUUGCUUGCCUCACGCAGACUCUUACUCGAGACCAUUAGAGUCACAAGAGAGGCGACGUCCCGAUUCCUACGGCACGGGGAAGGCGAAAAACGGAAGGAGGCGUGCACUCGCUUGCCUUGCUGUGCUGCGUUUUCGGAGGUAGCGGCAACACCAGCAUAGUGCCUUUCGUCUAAAAUUUCGUUGUCUAUCUCCCCCCCACCCCCCUAUUCCCUCACCCUUAAAUGCAAAUAACGGUUAGAUUUUUGUGCUUGCUUCGUGUGUUACUUGUUCCCGGAAGGCCUUGGGGCAGACGUAAAGAACCCGUGUGACAAGGCUUGGUUAUUGCAAAUCGUUUUGUGGUUUGCUGAUUUUGCUCCACGCAUGCGUCCGAAGCAGAGCAUGCGCAACGACACGAGCGCAUGAAUCCUUAGGGGUACGCGAACGGCGGUAGGUAGGUAGGUAGGUAGGUAGGAGGUAGGUUGGCAGGAAAAUGGAGUAGAACGAGGCUCUCCCAGCACGGCAAGGGUUUCGUUUCUUUACUUCAUGCAACAAAAUAGAGGUGCGUCUUGACGUUUUGUGUUUCGAGUCGCUCGGUCAGCGUGUUGUGGGUGGAUGUGACCGCUCCUUCGUUUUUCUGAAUGCGGAAGGUUUUGCCAGAGCGGUGUGCGUACCAUCGCUAAGAACACUCUGGUCCGCCCUAUAAAAUGCGGUGGUCUAUUUUUAAAACUUUCAUGAAGGGGAACCACUGGUAACUUGUCGUUUCGGUUGGCAUGGGGGGUGAUUAUGUCUGUCGUGGCUGCGAAAGUGCGGAAACGGAGGGGUUGAGUGAAUUGACUGUGUUGAGCUCGUGGAUCCAAGCAUUCACUUAACACUGCGCGUUACGUUCUCCUUUCUCUGGUACUUGUGGUCUCCCCCGCUGCUGUGCCAACACGCGGACUCGUUUUCGACGCACCUCAUCCCCGAUACUGCUGUGCGGUUGACUUAACCUCGACUUUCCGAUC